AAAACGACGCAGAAGAAGAAGAAGAAGAAAAAAAGAAAAGAUGGUCGUCAGCUACUAUUAACCAAGUCUGAUGCGUCUAGGUCGGCGUUAGUAAGGUAACACUGAUGUUUUUCUCUGUUGGACAUUUCUCGCUUUUUCUGAGGCUACAUGGGCAAGAGAGACAACCGAGUGGCUUACAUUAACCCCAUUGCUGCUGCGCGAGCCAGGGGUCCGGUACAGAACUCUGGGCCAACGAUACAGGAUUAUCUAAGCAGGCCUCGACCAACAUGGGAAGAGGUAAAGGAGCAGCUAGAGAAGAAGAAGAAGGGCUCUCGUGCCCUGGCUGACUUUGAGGACAAGAUGAAUGAUAGAUGGAGGAAAGAACUUGCGAAGAAUCGUGAGAGGUUGUUAGGUGGAAUUGACAAAGAGAGAGACAAAAAGACAACAGAGAGAGAAAAGGAGGAGAAGAAAGACAAAAAGGAGAAAAAGAAGAAAGAGAAGAAGAGGUCUAACAGGCAUUCUUCAUCUUCCUCUUCCUCAUCGAGUUCUGAUUCCUCCAGCAGCUCCUCCUCAGAAUCUGAAGAUGAGGAUGAAAAGAAGAGCGUGAAGAAAAAGCGUAAGAGAAAGAAGUCAUUAGUCAGGCGACCAUCAGACAGCUCAGAGGAAGAAUCAGACGCUGAAAUCAAGAUAAAAAAGAAGAUUAAGAUUAAGCAAGAAGAGGACAAAGAUAAGCCUGAAACCAAGCAGAAAAAGAGAAGUAGUGAGGAAAAAGAGAAAAUCACAGACAAAUCAAAGAAGAAGAGGAAAAAGAAGCAUAAGAAACAUGGCAGGAAAAAGAAAAAGAAGGCAGCAUCUCAGUCUGACUCGGAGCUUGACUGACAACCGUAGCUUUAUGCUCCUCUUGUCCUCCCGACUGUUCACUGGUAGUGUUACUUCUGCCUUUCUACCAAAAACAUCAGUCAUCACAAGGAUCAAGGAGUCCUACAGACUUUGAAUGCUGGGGUUCUGUGAGUGAUGUGAAAUCAGGGGAGAGGCCUUCAUCCCUCAAAAUGGCAACUACUGGUACAUAUCGUCACAUCUGUUGAACUUUAUCACCAUAUUUUUUGCAGACGUGACGUUUUUUUUUCUUUUCUUUGAGUUAAACAAAUGGACUGAAGCGGAUUACACAUUCACUUCCCAUAAUCUUGAAGACUGUAACUGUCACCAUCAGUAAGCUGCCCCUUAAGGAGCCACUCUGUGUGCUUUGUUCCUGACACCUUGCUUUCUGGUUGCUAGAUGAGGCUGUUGCGCUAGUGCCUGCGUCAUGCAUGUAGACCUGAUGUCCUGCCAGCCUCACAUCGAGGUCGGAAUCAUGAGCUUCACAGCCCCAUUGAUAAGAAACGAGUGAGAUGAAUUGUUACAUUGCGGUUUAAAUGUAUGAGCAAUGGGAAUUCAAUAAAAGUAUUGUUUAGCCUUUA